AUGAAGUUCACAAUAAUCAGAGUGUUGGCUAUAAUAUUAAUGGCUGGUGAGGACCGCGGAGAUAUAGUCACUCGUCAUACAAACGUGAAAUGUGAAAUAUUUGACAAAUCGUUUGUUGAGUUUCCUGUAUGUCGUCUUAAAGUAUUAGGACGUGGCAUUAUUGGAGAGAACGUUUAUAUUAAACUCCUAAAACUUCCCGUUAAAGCUAUUAUGCUUAACUUCGGUAUUUAUAAGAAAUUAUCGGGAUACCAUCCGUUUCUUAUCAACGUUACCGUUGACUUUUGUCAUUACAUUAAGCAUCCGAACCCGCUUACUGUUUUCCACCUUUUUUACUCUGGAUUCAAGUCGUAUAUUAAUUUAAAUCAUACGUGUCCAUAUAACGUGAGUACCAUAACACAUGACAUUAUUCUGAAGGACUUUGUCUUGACCGAUCAAAUGUACGCAAAAAUUCCACUUCCAAAGGGCAGUUACAUGUUUAGUCUUAAAUUGGGCGCUGAAGGUGUGUGGAGAGGCAUCGUUUAUUCAUACUUUGACAUUAAUGUGGACAAUAACCCAAACAUACAUUUUUAG